AUGAAAGGCUUAGCAGGAGCGAGUCCGCCAGGAAAACCCCGUGGGCGGGAAGAAGAUGAUGAACUUGCAAGGAUUUGCGAGGAAAUGAGGACCUGGCUUUCCGGUUUGCCAGCUGCGAACUUUUUCGAGGCCACUGACGCAGAAACUAAAAUCAAGUCGUCAAAAUCGACCGUUGUGGACUCCAGCAAAGCUGAUUUUGAGAGCCUGGCCUCAUCUAAAAGUGAACCCGACGCACGUGCUACGUCUGAGAGAACUACAAGCGAAGACCUGCGUAGACUCGGGGCAGGCACCAUUCUCCUGCCUCUAGAGUCACCAGCGGCGAUCGAGACGCCCAAAAGCCAACUUGGCACCAGCCGUCUAGAAGCUCAGGACGGUUGCGACAAAGCAGCUGGAAAGCAAUCUGAAAAGACUAAAUCCAAUGCGUCGCCGCACUCAAUGCCAUCCCUUACCUUGAUGAUCGAACGAGAAGCCGACAGCCGGAGAGUGCGUGCUUUGUCCGCAUCCAAAGUUCCUGAAAAGACUGCGCGUCACAAGACUGGCAGCUGUCUCGAUUACGCAUCUCGAAAAGGGAACCAAUGUCUACUAGGAGCUUGGUUCCCCAAACUCUCCGCACGGCCUUCCUGGGCAAUUCCAUACGAGUCCAGUCGGGAUAAAAAAUAUUCUGCGCAAGGCGGUCUUGACGCACAGAUGGCUCGUGUUCCUGGUCCAGAAACGUUUCGGGGCAGGGCUGAAGGUCCCUACCCAGACUAUGAUGAUAUCAACUGGCGACGAGCAAAUAUGACAUCGGAGCUUCAUAUUGAGCAGGAAGUAAAACGUCGAGAAAACCUUGAAAAAUUAAUGAGCAUGACUUUCGAACAGUUUGGUCACAAGUCGUUAGCCGGAGCUGGGGAAGAGCAGUGGCCAGAAGCGAAGUGUCUUAUACGACCGGCCGCACCACCAGAUUUUGCUCAGAUUGCGGAGAUAAUCAAUGCUGAAGCAUCAAAUACAGAUGAUACCCAGGUUUUCCUGGACAAACCCACAUCAGCGGAUGAUGUGCGCGAGAUCUUCGAUGCUUGCACCACCAAUGGCAGGCCAUUCAUCGUUGCGCUGCCUGCUCAAGAUGACUUCCUAGACCAAAGCAAAUGGCCAAAAGGCUCAGAUGAAGUCUACCAAGAAUUUGUCAAGUACAUGGCUGCAAAACCAAAACCGACUGCUCCAGUGGUUGGUUUUGCAUUUGUCUCGGACUAUCGGAUGAGCUUGUAUGGAACUCCAUGUCCAGCAUCGCAAUACACCGGGCAGGUGAGGCUGGUAGUACGAGCCGAUCAUCAACGCAAGUUGUAUGGAUCUGCACUUAUAGAUCGGAUCUUGCUUUCGGUUUCUCCUUUUUACAGAAGCGCACUGGAUCACAAAUGGAAAUGCGACGACCCGAAAGAUGUUUAUCGAUUUCCUGUGACGCACAACAGGCGCCAGUACACCCAACUGUACCUUGAGCUCUUUUUAUCGCAGGAUGAUUCGACAACCUACCGAUGGAAGGCUGAGUUUCUGCGAAAGUUUGGCUUCCAAGAGGUUGGAUACUUGAAGAACGCGGCGGUUCAAAUGGACGGCCAACACCAUAACCGCUGGCUGACUAUGGUGUUAUGGCAAAGCAACAUUACACCCACUUCGAAAAUCGUGGCCCAACCUCAGUUGUCCGGCACGGCGGCAGGAGACAAUUGA